AUGUUCUCUGGGCCCAGCUCGGAAGGGACCACCAUGACACUGCCGUGCACCAAGCUGGGGGGACACUGGAAGAUGGUGGUGUGGGACGAGGAGGGCUUCCAGGGCCGGCGGCACGAGUUCACGGCCGAAUGCCCCAGAGUGCUGGAGCUUGGCUUUGAGACAGUGCGAUCCUUGAAAGUGCUGAGUGGAGCGUGGGUGGGCUUUGAGCAUCCUGGCUAUCAAGGGCAGCAAUACGUGCUGGAGCGGGGCGACUACCCAUGCUGGGACGCCUGGAGCGGCAACACGGCCUACCCCUCCAUGAGGCUCACCUCCUUCCGGCCCGUGGCCUGCACGAACCACCGUGACUCGAGGCUGACCAUAUUUGAGCAAGAGAACUUCCUGGGCAGGAAAGGGGAGCUGAAUGAUGACUAUUCCUCCCUCCAGGCCAUGGGCUGGGAUGGCAAGGAAGUGGGUUCCUUCCAAGUUCACUCUGGGGCCUGGGUUUGCUCCCAGUUUCCUGGCUACCGAGGUUUUCAGUACGUGCUGGAGUGCGAUCACCACUCGGGACACUACAAGCAUUUCCGGGAGUGGGGCUCUCACGCCCAGACCUUCCAGGUGCAGAGUAUCCGCAGGAUCCAGCAGUGAGCAGGGGGCCUGGCACUGAGGAGUGCGCCGGGGCUUGUCUGAGUGGCGGGGCUGGGGAGGUGGCGAUACGUUCUCUCAUCUUGCCUCCCCACGUAACCCAUGUAAAGCCAGCACCCAUGUG